AUGGACCCGCAGACAGUCUUCUCCACAAGGAACGCAUUCUACCUGCGCGUCUCCAACUACCGCAUCAUCCCCCUUUUCCUGUAUCUCGAUGAACGCCAUGUCAAUUGGAUGACAGACCGCGUCUUGCAGCUGGUCAUCACAGGCUUGCAGUCAAAGCUGCCCGAAGUGCUCUUCAGAGCCAAACUCGAGAAAGACAAGAAGCACAAGGUGCAUGUCGAACGCGGAGAGGGAUACCAGUUCUGCUACUUUAUGAGGACCACCUCGCGGACAGAGGUUGUUUUGCUAAAAAACAAGGAUGUCUCUUUGCGCCCGCCCACUCCGCCGCCUCCUGCACUGUCUGAGCAUCCAUCAUCGAAACGUAAAUCCUCGACACGCCGGUCUGCAACAGCAUCCGCCACACCUCGGGGACGCGCAUCAAGGUCCCGUUCUCGCUCAGUCACUGUUCGACCUGAAGAGGACGAACCGGUAAAUGAACAGUUGGAACAGUCUACAAAAGAUACCGAUGAUGUCCAUGUGAAGCCCGAGCCAAUCGAUCCGGACGAAGAAGACGAGUAUGGGGGAGCACAAAACAUCAAGGACUGGAAGCCAGACAUAGACGUCUCUUAUCGAGGCUUUGGGACAUCGUCGGUCCAGCUAGUCUUAAUUAUCGAGCCCUACCCACCUCUCCCUCCGUCGCAAUAUGCGCCCCCCGCAUCCCGUCUCUCUUCCCGCUCGGCCUCUGUCGUCUCCAACUAUUCUCGUGCUCGUUCAUCGCAAAGCCGUCAAACGAGGGGCGCUGCUUCUCGAUACAGCUCAACCAGCCUUUCUCUAGCGCCACAGGGCCAAGACAGUGCCGGGAGGAGAAGUGAAAUUGUCGCAAACAUGAGGAAUGCAUCGCGAGCGCCGAGUGUGGCAAACUCACGAAGGGGUGGAGAGUCGGCUACGCCGUUCAGAGAGGAUAGCACCACGCCGGGCCCCGGUGAGGCGCAAGGGCGGAGGAGAAUGUCACAGACGCCGCUGUUUAUGCCUCGCGACACGCCGUUUGACGAGGAUGAGGAGGACGAAGAGGCACACGAAGAGUACCUCAAUGCUCUGAGGGACGGCAGAAGCCGAUUGCCAUCAGUCUUUCGUCCUUCCGGGGAGACCAAGAAGGGAAAGGGAAAGGGAAAGAGAAGAAGAGACGAAGAAGACGAGGAGGACGAGGAGGACGUUCCAGAGAGUCUCGAAAAUAUCGGCGCGCGGCUAGUGAGGAAUAGUGAAAUCGAAGAGGGAGUCGUGAGAGUGCAAGGAGGUUGGGAAGAGAGAAGCGCUGGUGAAGAAAGCGCGGUGAUUGGCCGAGAGGAGCCAGGUGAAUAG